AUGAUAAAACUGGUGCCCCUCUUCAGGAGAACUGAUCUCAAUUUAUUAUUAUGCAACCACAAGGAUCUCUUCUUUCUCAGGGUGUAUAAGCUGCUGGAUUGCUUUUCGCCCAAAUCAAUGUGGUUUCUUUGGAACAUUUUCAGCAAAGGAUCGCAUAUGCUGCAGUGUCUUUGUGGCAAGAGUCUUAAGAAAAACAAGAACCAAACUGAUCCCCAGCUCAAGGGUAUAGUGACCAGGUUAUAUUGCAGGCAAGGCUACUACUUGCAAAUGCACCCCGAUGGAAGUCUCGAUGGAACCAAGGAUGACAGCAGUAAUUCUACGUUAUUCAACCUUAUACCAGUGGGACUUCGAGUUGUUGCUAUCCAGGGUGUAAAGACUGGGUUGUAUAUAGCUCUAAAUGGAGAAGGUUUCCUCUACACAUCAGAACUUUUUACACCAGAGUGCAAAUUCAAGGAGUCUGUUUUUGAAAAUUAUUAUGUAAUCUACUCAUCCAUGCUCUACAGACAACAGGAGUCCGGGAGGGCCUGGUUCUUGGGGCUGAACAAAGAAGGGCAGGUCAUGAAAGGAAACAGAGUGAAGAAAACAAAACCAGCAGCUCAUUUUCUACCCAAGCCAUUGGAAGUUGCCAUGUAUCGAGAACCAUCUUUGCAUGAUAUUGGAGAAACAGUGCCAAAGGCUGGGGUAACUCCAAGUAAAAGCACAAGUGCAUCUGCAAUAAUGAAUGGCGGCAAACCAGUUAACAAGAGUAAGACGACAUAG